ACACGACUGACAGUUUGUCGAACCAGUGCGCAGGUGUGUCGAUACCCGGAUGAUACCUCAUUGGCACGUGAAAUGCGCGUGUCCUUUAGCGUGUCGCGAGCCGCCCCCCGCCCCUUUGAGUUGAGGUGUUGUGUCAGAUGAAGGUGAACCGCGGCUCGUGCUGCAGUUGCGCGAUGCUCACUGUUUGCUCGUGGAGAUAAGUGAAGUUGAGCCUAGAAGAUACCUGUUACAGAGACCCCGUUAUUCCCGGCUUCAGGUCUUGAACGUCAGCACCAUGACGGGUGACGCGGUGGUCUGGAGGGGUCUGACCUGGAUGAAGCAGGCGGCCUGCAGAGCCUCGCCAGGCGGCCUGCACGGCAUCGGGAACCAGAGGCUGGUAAACUUCCAUCACGCUGCCGUAUCAGCAAAGGAGCCGUUCAGCAGACGGCGCGACGCCUGCGUCCACAGAGCCGCGGCCGCCCAGCGUCACAGACACUCGACUGUUGCGCGUUUCAUUGGAAGCGUUAGCGGCGGACAGGCGGCCUGCAGCGGAGGACCCAGCACUCGGCAUGUGAGGUACCACAGGGACUGGUCCCGCCCACUGCUGCCUGGACACACGCGGUUAUUUAACCGGGAGAACUCCACGGUGGGACGUCUGACGCCAGAGGACGUUGGAAACGUCAAGAAAACAGACAUCAAGCAACAUAAGCAAGUGCUCAGUGAAAGAGCCAGAGAGAGGAAGGUGCCCGUCACACGGAUAGCAAGGCUGGUGAAUUUUGGAGGUCUGGCCAUUGGACUCGGUAUCGGGGCGAUCGUUGAAGUGGCCAAGAAGAGUUUCAACCCCCAACAAGGAGAGCAAGGUGAUACGAAGUCGGUUCUGGCCUCGAGUGCCUUCCUGUCUGAAGCCAACGCUCAAAGAAUCGUCCGGACGCUUUGCAAAGUCCGAGGCGCCGCUCUAAAACUUGGACAGAUGCUCAGCAUUCAAGAUGACGCCUUCAUCAACCCUCAGCUGGCCAAAAUCUUCGAGCGCGUUCGGCAGAGUGCAGACUUCAUGCCCCAGAAACAGAUGAUGAAAGCCAUCAGCGGAGACCUCGGCCCAAACUGGAGAGACCGGCUGGAGUACUUUGAGGAGAAGCCGUUCGCGGCGGCGUCGAUCGGUCAGGUGCAUUUAGCGCGGCUGAAGGACGGCAGACAGGUGGCCAUUAAGAUCCAGUACCCUGGAGUCGCCAAGAGCAUCAACAGUGACGUGAAGAAUAUCCUGAGUGCUCUGAAUUUAAUCAACGCGCUGCCUAAAGGUCUGUUUCCUGAGCACCUCAUUGAGGUUCUGAGCCGCGAGCUGGCGCUGGAGUGUGACUACGUAAGAGAGGCCAGAUGUACCAAACGGUUCCAGGAGCUGCUGAAGGACCAGUCGUACUUCUACGUGCCGGAUGUGAUCGACGAGCUGAGCAGCCCGCACGUCCUCACCACCACGCUGGUGCCCGGCUUCCCUCUGGACCGCGCCACCGGCCUCUCCCAGGAGCUCAGGAAUGAGAUCUGCGAGCAGAUCCUGAUCUUGUGCCUGAGAGAGCUGUUUGAGUUCAGAUACAUGCAGACGGAUCCAAACUGGUCCAACUUCUUCUUCGAUCCCCAAGCUCACAAGGUUGCUCUGUUGGAUUUUGGAGCCACGCGGGAGUUUGCUAAGAGUUUCACCGACACCUACAUCGAGAUUAUUAAUGCAGCUGCUAAUAAGAACAAAGAUGGCGUCCUCCAGAAAUCCAGAGACAUGAAGUUCCUCACGGGGUACGAGUCAAAGGUGAUGGAGGACGCCCACGUGGACGCGGUGAUGAUCCUCGGAGAGGCCUUCUCUUCCGAGGAGCCCUUUGACUUCGGCACUCAGAGCACCACCGAGCGCAUCCACAGCCUCUUCCCCGUGAUGCUGAGGGAGCGACUCACGCCACCCCCCGAGGAGACUUACUCCCUUCACCGCAAGAUGGCGGGCUCCUUCCUCAUCUGCUCCAAACUCAAAGCCAGAAUAUCCUGCAAGGCCAUGUUCCAGGAUGUGUACGAGAACUACUGGAGAGCCGGAGCGUCAACAAACUAGCUCCGAGACUGGUUUCAUAGAAUGCUCUUCAAAUAAAGACUCGCUGGUUUUGUGUCGUGAUGAACCGUCAAACUCACUUUCUUAGUGCAUGAAAACUGCCAACUUCAUAUUCCGUCGCCCAGACUAACGUGAACAUUGCUUUUCAAAGUAAUGUGCAAAGAUUAUGUCUACGUAUUGUUUGAGAGCUGUUUGUAAAUGAUUUGUACCUUUUCUGAGUGACGAUUAUAAAUGCAAAGCAAUAAACGGCACUUGAUUAAA